AUGAACAGUUCACUGAAAGAAACCUUAAAAGAUAAUUGCACUCUUACCAACGCAACAGAUGGUUUAAUAUUUGAAGAAACCCUAACAAAUAACUGCACUAUUACUAAUGAAACAAAUAGCGGUGAAUCGAGAUGCGUUAACAGAGAUAAUUCCACUAUUACCAAGAAAACGAAUAGUGAAUCUACAAGCUCGUUCGUUAACAGAGCUGAAUGUACUCGUAAUACUACAGAGCCAUUGGUUGACGACAAUGACAAACUUGAUAAAUUAUUAAGGAUGACCUCAAUAAUCUCCAACCAGCUCCAGGAUCUGCAGAGAACUGUGGACGAAAUGGAGAAGAGAGGAAAUCCACAGAGGUGGAAUUAUUUUAAAAAUACAUGUACCUGCUCUUCAUUGGAGGCCGUGGAGCAGUUAAAUAAUUAUUUAUUGGAGAAAGAAAACGAACAAGAAUUCAUUAAAUAUAUUCAAUCUAUUGGGGGUAGGCAUUCUAAAGACAGGGUGAAUAGGAUUAUGUCCGCUCUUUUUACAAAUGGUUUGGGCCAAAAGUGCUCAUGGCUUGGGCAAAGAAACAACAUAAAGGCUAGUUGUUUUAAAUGCCUCGAAAUCACAAAAGAUAGUCUUCUAUCAAUAAUGGAUGGAUUCGAGUUUGAAAAACAUGCUGCUGAAUGGUUUAGACUCAGCCGCCUGAGACUGUCCCGUGAAAACAAAUAG